AUGAACGCAUUCAACUUGAUAUAUAGUAAUCCAAAACUUAAGAUUGAUUUUCCUAAACUUUCUCAAACUAUUCUAAAAAGAAGUUUGAAUCAAGAUACUAAUGCUGCAGAUCCAUUUCAACCAAUUGUGGAAAAAUCUGCUGAAACAGCAUUAGAUGAAGAUAAUGAUCCAAAACAGAAAAAAAAGAAUCCCACUAGUAAUGGUCAAAAGACGAAACGACCAAUUCUAUCGCCUCGAGUUAUGGAUGCUGUAUUAACUACCGUAAUGGGUUUAGCUGCUGUUGAUUUAUUCAGGUACGAAUGGAACGAAGUUCACAAAGUAAAAAUGGCGUUCAAAAAAUCUUUAACGACACUAAGAGUUUUAGACGUUUUCGAAGAAAGAAAUGAAUAUCAAACAAUUAGUGACGCUAUAAAAGGCAACGUUCGGGGAAAAUAUUUUUUACUUGUAGGCGAACGAGGGACAGGAAAAACUCAAUUAAUUUUUCAUGCAAUGAAAGAAAACAAUCAGAAGGAUGUUGUAUUUGCUGAAGCUCAUUCGGACAGUGAAAUUUUUAAAUGCAGAUUAGGAAAAGCUUUACAAUAUACUUAUAGAGAAGAUUAUAUUGGCCAACUUUUUGCCAGAGAAGCUCCUGAACGAGGUUCCGCAUUACUUGAUGUUGAAAAAGCUUUAAAUAUGGUAGAAAUCGUUGCCAAAAAGCGUUUCAAAAAAAAUAAAGAAGAAAAACCAUUAGUUCUUGUUAUCAGCAACAUUCAUGCAUUUAAAGAUGAUGAAGAUGGUGAAGACCUGUUAGAAUUAUUACAGCAACGUGCUGAAUCAUGGGCUGCUUCUAAGAUGGUGACAAUGGUAUUUAACACGGAUGAUUAUACAAUAUACGAACGCAUGAAUGCAUCUCGAAUGGAAGUUAUAAGAGUAAGAGAAUUAAAAGAUGAAGAGGCAGCAAACUUAUUAAUAAAAUUAAUAGAAAUUCAUAAGAAAAAUAAGCAAGAAAAUCAAAAGAAAAAUAAGCAAAAGGAGGAAAAGGAGGAAAAGGUGUCUGAAGACAAAUUGCGAGAAAUUGUUGAACGAAUUGGUGGUCGUCUUUCUUAUAUUACUAAAUUAGCUAGAGCAGAUGAUAUUCAAAAAGAUGAAGAACGAAAUUGGAUAAUUAAUCGAAUAGGUCUAAUUCCUAAUUUUGAAGAAAGUGCAUUUGAUGAUCAAAAAUAUGCUUCGUGUGCUUGGAAAUUAAUUCGUAAAAUUGUAAAAUCUGGCGAUAAAUCUGUCUCAGUAGAAGAGGGUAGAGAAAUUACUGGAAAUCCAAAAUGGAUAGAAAUGAUGGAUCAUGAUAAUAUUAUUAUGAUCGAUGAAAAUCAAAAGAUUAAAGCUGAUUCAAAAAUGUUACAAAAGAUAUUUGAUAAAAUCGUUAAUGAAGAUGGUUUUGAUGAAAGAUUAGACAAUGUUUGUGAGAGAGUUGAAGAAGUUGAUAAAGAACAAAGAACAAGAGAAUUAAUAUGGAGCAAAAAGAAUGAUCAAGUUGUUAGAAUUGGAAAACCUAAGAAAAGUCUUACUUUAGAGAAACAAAGUGAUAUAUAUAUUUAA